AUGCCAGACCACGAGGGAAACAAGAUCAAGAACCAGAUCACCAGCGAAUAUGGUCCAGUUCCCCAGACUGAUGCUUACUACUGCAACAAGGGCAUCAAGUGGGUCGUUAUUGGUGACUCCAACUAUGGUAAAGGUUCAUCUUGUGAGCAUGCUGCCCUUGAGCCCCAUUACCUUGGUGGUCUUGCCAUUGUUACCCAGUUUUUUGCUUGUAUCCAUGAGACAAACUUGAAGAACGACAAAGUUGACAUUCUGGGCUUAGAAACUUUUGCCCCAGGAAAGAACUUGACUCUUGUUGCCAAGCACGCAGGUGGUAGCAAAGAUGAAAUUUCUCUUGCUCACUCCUUCAAUAAGAGUCAAGUUGAGUGGUUCAAAGCAGGCUCUGCUCUUGACCUGCUUUGUGCGGGGUGCACACCUGCAGGCUCAGGUUUGCACGUGUGCUUGGAAGCAGGGGAGACGAGUGCUGUCAGACGAGCAGAUGUGCUGGUGCUACUUGAGGAGUUGGAUGGGAUGCUAGUGGUGGUCCUGCUGGAGGGUCUGCUGCAUUCAUUCUGUUCAACCUGCUCCAUGAGUGUACCCACUCUAUCCCUGGUCCAGAGGGAUGAUGGCAGAAGAGCAUGGUAUGAAAGCAAGACUGCCAGUGCAUUAGUGAUACUUUGUUGGGACAUCGACAACCUACUUCUGCACUUCACAUCGGACCUGGAUGCAAUGCUCAAAGAAGAGGUUAGCGUGGCCUUGGGGAGCAUGUUUGUGAGCAACCUUAGAGUAUGGCACACGCUGUCCAUCAUGCACUUUGCUUCCCUGUCUCUGGACUUCCCAGUAUUCUCAGUGGAGGACCAAGCAUGA